AUGAUGAUGAUGUUGCCCAAGAGCUCUUCUACCCGUCUUGCUCCCAAGAAGGCUUUAGCAGCUCCGGCUUCGCCCUUCGCCACGGCUUCGCAGACGUCCUCAGCAGGAGCAGACGCUGAUAUUGACGAAGAGGAAGCCACUCGUCUUCCAGAAUCCGAAUAUUCCGCUGCCUCCAAGCAGUCACAUUCUUCCGAUCCAAGUGACAUGCUUGAGCCUUCUACCGGCGGACCGGGUGUAUUGAAAAUCAAUUCAUCCACCCAACUUCCGAGGUCGCAGAAACAAAAGACGACAAGCGCAGCCGACCAGGCUGGUGUACAUGCGAGCAAAAAUGCCAAAAAGAAGGAGAAACAAAAGGCCGCGAAGGAGGCAGAGAAGGCGGAACAAAAAGCCAGAUUUGAGUUGCACCGUGCGACUAUGAGGGCCGCAGAAUCUGCUAAGCAGAAGCACAAGCCUCAAGCUGCUACCCCACCUCCACCUUCCGCAUGGACGAGCGUAAAUAGUCAAACCGCACCUGUUGCCCCCGCAGCUCCAAAAACAGAUGGCCUUCUCGAUACAUUUUCUACGUCAACUCUAAACAAGCCUGGUACGGCCGACGAUUCACCCAUCGACAGCGAAGAUGAGAAGAAACAGAUGAGGAGUACUCACCUUGACAACUCUUACUGGGAGGAAAUCCCAGAGCAUCUCAUUGGGGGUUGGAACGAAGUUCAAAAGAAGAGUCGCAAGCAGAAGAAGGCUGCAACUGAUGCGCAAACUGGGGAUGAGUCUACGGAUGCUAAGAGCGGGAGAGAGAACUUCCAAAUCAAGUCCUCAGUCAAGGCCCCAGUUAAGGCACCUGCCAAGAUCGUGAAGCAAACUGUCCAGAAGAAGGACACUUCAACAAGUGGGAAUGGAUUUCAACUCUUGGACAGCGGGAGCACAACAAGUGAUACCAAGAAUUCAAGUUCCGAUUGGGCAGAAAUCGACGAUUCCGACAACUGGGCAGUUCAUCCCGAAGAAUAG